AAUUUUCGUGUGACUAAACUUUAAUUCCAUUCGUAUGGUUAAAUGACAAAAUUCAAAUAUUUUCAAUAGAAAUGCAUGCAAUAUAAGUGCAUACGAGUCGCUGCAAGGUGUUUUAAAUUUAAUCAUCCACUUCACAGACUCGCAAAUACAGCCCGAACUGUGUUACAUUUAUAUUUAUUUUUCUGGGCCAACAAAAACAAGUGGCAUCUGGAAGAUUUUAGGCCAACACACAAAAAUACAACAAAAAAAAAUCAAGGAAAAAUGUCUUCAUCAGCCAUAUUUGUGCUGGACGUGAAGGGCAAGGUGUUGAUAUCCCGCAAUUAUCGCGGCGACAACAUUGACAUGGCGGUGAUCGAUAAAUUUAUGCCGCUGCUCAUGGAACGUGAAGAGGAGGGUCUCGUCACGCCCAUCCUGCAAACGACAGAAACAACAUUUGCGUACAUUAAGACAAAUAACUUGUACAUUGUGUCGACGACGCCGCGCAAUAAGAAUGUGAAUAUUGCAUUGGUCUUUGUAUUUCUGCACAAAAUCGCACAGGUGUUUGUCGAAUACUUCAAGGAGCUGGAGGAGGAGUCUAUACGGGAUAAUUUUGUCAUCAUAUACGAGCUGCUCGACGAGCUCAUUGACUUUGGCUAUCCGCAGACGACGGACUCGAAAAUCCUGCAGGAAUAUAUCACACAGGAAUGUCACAAACUUGAGCUGCAGCCGCGCAUACCCGUCGCCGUCACGAACGCCGUCUCCUGGCGUUCCGAGGGCAUUAAAUAUCGCAAAAAUGAGGUAUUCCUCGAUGUCAUCGAGUCGGUCAAUCUGCUGGCCAAUGCCAAUGGCAAUGUUCUGCGCAGCGAAAUCGUUGGCGCCAUCAAAAUGCGUGUCUAUCUUUCGGGCAUGCCAGAGCUGCGUUUGGGCCUCAACGAUAAGGUGCUCUUCGAGAGCACCGGCCGUGGCAAAUCCAAGUCCGUCGAGCUGGAGGAUGUGAAGUUCCAUCAGUGUGUGCGUCUGUCCCGUUUCGAAAACGAUCGCACAAUCUCGUUCAUACCACCAGAUGGAGAAUUUGAGCUGAUGUCCUAUCGCCUCAACACGCAUGUGAAGCCACUGAUCUGGAUUGAAUCGGUGAUUGAACGACAUGCCCAUUCGCGCGUUGAGUACAUGAUUAAGGCAAAAUCUCAAUUUAAGCGCAGAUCGACGGCAAAUAAUGUGGAAAUUGUUAUACCAGUGCCGGCAGAUGCGGACUCACCGAAAUUCAAAACAACAAUUGGCAGCUGCAAAUAUGCGCCCGAACAGAAUGCCAUCAUAUGGACGGUGAAAUCAUUUCCCGGCGGCAAGGAGUACCUAAUGCGUGCCCACUUUGGCCUGCCCAGCGUCGAGAGUGAGGACAAUACCGAGGGUAAGCCGCCGAUACAGGUGCGCUUCGAGAUACCCUACUUUACCACGUCGGGCAUCCAAGUGCGCUAUCUGAAAAUCAUUGAGAAGAGCGGUUACCAGGCGCUGCCCUGGGUGCGCUACAUCACACAGAACGGUGACUAUCAGCUGCGCACCAACUGAUCCUGAUCCACACCCACACAUUCCAGCCAAGCUUAAGCGAAUAUCCUUCUUGUUGCGUUUAAUAUGAGUUAGGAUUAUGUUAGAUAGCUUCUUCACCUUCACAUGUGCGUUAAGUCGAAAGUAAAUAUAUAUAUAUAUAACAUACAUAUUACAAAUGUGUUCCUGCAAGCGCAAUUGUUUAGUAAAUUUAUUGAUUGUUUUUAAGCCAAUAUACCAAAUUUUUAAAUAUUCUGUUAAACUAAUGAAGUUUAAAUUUGAAGAUAACAAAGUGUGUUAGCCGGCCUUUAGCGUACUUAUGCAAGCUGAAUGAGAUUGAAAAUAUUUCUUAAAUCGGAUUGUAAACAAAAAAGCAAGCUGAAAGCUAGCAACUUAAAAUAUUUUAAUAUUUGUUAGUGUAGUCAAAAAUCAAAAGAAACAUAACAAUGGCAGCUAAUUUCGAAGUUUCUAAUUUACAAAAUCUUCAUUUUUCAAUUUGUUUUGAAUUCAAUUCAUUUUACUCGUUUGCAGGAAUACGCCUAAUUAUAAAAAAAGGUAUUGUUUUUUUUUCCUGUGUAUUGUAUUUGUAUUUUGUACGUAAACCAAACUAAUAAAUUGUAAUACCUUUUCCAAAGCAUACAACUUGUAAUUAAAGCUAAGCUAAAUGCUCGAGAAAAUAUAUGUUGCAUUUGUAAAUUACAACGGUUUUGCAUGGCAUGCCUCACAAUAAAAGAAAUCAAAUAUUUAACCAGCAUUAACGCGUCUCCUCUAACUAUUUAGCAACAAUGACAAAUUUGGUUUGAAACCUUAUA